AUGGAAGCCAAAUAUGAUCUAGAAGAUUAUCCUCUUGUAACGGAAUUUGCCAAAUAUAAGCAAUAUAUAGAUGGUUCCCUUAUACAUAAUACUCCUCAUACUAAUAAAUAUAAUUGUAAGAAUCUACAUUAUCAUAAUAUAAAAAAAUAUGAAAAUGAAAUUAAGGAACAAUGUGAGAACAUUAUGUUUUUUUUGGGAAAAAUUCAUAAUGAUAAAACGAAUAAAUAUUUUGUAAUUCCUGCAUUAAAAUAUUUUUAUUAUUGGAUAUAUGAAAAAAUUCUUGAUUUUAAAGAUAUCGAUAAAGUGGAAACAAUUUAUUAUAGAUUGUACAGUGAGUUCAAAAGAUUUCGGAAAGAACAAGAUAUACCCGAUAUAAACGCAGGUAUUAUGACUCAAAAACGUUUGGAAGAUAUUACACUUUUAUAUAAAAUGUAUAAAUGUUUUAAUGAUUUGAAUGAUAGACAAGAAACGGAUGAAGAAAAACAAUUUUGUGAAGUACUAAAUAUAUUUAUAAACAACAAUAAACCAGAAAAGCAAGAAUAUCCUAUGCAUUAUUGGUAUGCAGCCCAAAAAGGAAGCUCAUGCCCACCAGAAAAACCAUGCAAAUGCGUAAUUUCACGCCCUGUAAUAGUAGCAUUCUUCGUAUCCAUAAUAAUGUCUCUUUUUCUGUUUUAUGUUCUUAAGUACACCUCAUAUGGUUCAAAAUUAAUCGCUAGGGAAAAAAAUAAAAGAUACAAUCGAGAUUAUAUUUAUAAAGAAGAAUGGGACACGUCUGAAACACCUGAAAUGUACUAUAGUACAUCUGAAGCACCUGAAAUGUACUACAGUACAUCUGAAGCACCUGAAAUGUACUACAGUACGUCUGAAGCACCAGAAAUGUAUGACAGUACGUCUGAAGCACCAGAAAUGUACUACAGUACUUAUGAAACACCUGAAAUGUUCUACAAUACGUAUGACGAUUUCAGAGGUCGUAUAAUAUAUAAUUCUUACUAA